AUGCAUUACUUUCGAGGGGUUGUUCAAACCUAUAAGCAUUGUAAGGGCAUUCACUGCAAGUUGAUUAGUUUAAUACUAACAAUCAACUUUACUCAGAAGGGUUAUCACGACGAAAGGCGUGGAAGACCUGCCACUCCCUUCAGAAGAGCUUUGUUGAAGGGAUCCGGCGAAUUCGUCAACGGGACAUCCCUUUUUCCCGUCAGGUUGUCGCCAUUGGCGUUUUCAAUCUUUGUCGUCCAACCCGAUUCGGUAUAUUCAAUUCGAGGCGAAAUUUGGGGUAUCGAUGACAAGUUGAACAUCAACAUGGUGUUCAACACUAACAACGCUAGGGUGGUUAUCUGCGAAUCCAGCGAUCAAUUCACUUCAUCUUCUUCGGUUACGGGCGGCGGAACUAUAGAUCAGUCUUCAAAAAUACAAUGCAACGGUUCGACCGAACGCACGUUGACAAAGGCGGUAGUAAGACAUCGUUUGGUGAGCUUUUCACGUGAUUCUACGACAAUCUGGGGUUAA